AAAACCGAUUUUUUUGGAGGAGGGUUCAGUGCUCAGCUCUCAUGGCCAAAAUACAGAAGAUCGGCUCCAUGUGCGUGACUCAACUGUCCAGGAAACGAGAAUCCCAAGAGACUCCAAACCUGGAGUUGUGCUUAUAGCUUCAGCUCAAGGAAAUCUACACGUGGCCUGACACUUGAUGCUCUAGAGCGUUCUGAGGCUCAUUGCUUGACUUCUAAAGAAGCAAAAAUAAUAGAAGAGGAGCAGGGGCCCAUUGUUUCGAAGGAUACUGUUCUACAGAGAAUGUUCUGCACCCACUGAUCCGUGGGCUGCAGACUCCAGAUCCAGCUCCAUCUUCUGAAAUGAUCCUGAUUCCCAGAAUGCCCCUGGUGCUGCUCCUGCUCUUGCUCAUCCCGGGUUCCACAAAAGCUCAGGUUAAUCCAGCCAUAUGUCGCUAUCCUCUGGGCAUGUCAGGAGGCCAUAUUCCAGAUGAGGAUAUCACAGCUUCAAGUCAGUGGUCAGAAUCCACAGCUGCCAAAUAUGGGAGGCUGGACACUGAAGAAGGAGAUGGAGCCUGGUGCCCUGAGAUUCCAGUGCAACCUGAUGACCUGAAGGAAUUUCUGCAGAUUGACUUACGGACCCUACACUUUAUCACUCUUGUGGGGACCCAGGGGCGCCAUGCAGGGGGUCAUGGCAUUGAGUUUGCACCCAUGUACAAGAUCAACUACAGUCGGGAUGGCAGUCGCUGGAUCUCCUGGCGUAACCGGCAUGGGAAGCAGGUGCUCGAUGGGAACAAUAACCCUUAUGAUGUUUUCCUGAAGGACUUGGAGCCACCCAUUGUAGCCAGAUUUGUUCGCCUUAUCCCAGUCACUGACCACUCCAUGAAUGUGUGCAUGAGGGUUGAGCUUUAUGGUUGUGUCUGGCUAGAUGGCUUGGUAUCUUACAGUGCUCCAGCUGGGCAGCAGUUUGUACUCCCUGGAGGCUCCAUUAUUUAUCUGAAUGAUUCUGUCUAUGAUGGAGCUGUUGGGUACAGCAUGACUGAAGGACUAGGCCAGUUGACUGAUGGAGUAUCUGGCCUGGAUGAUUUUACCCAGACCCAUGAAUACCACGUGUGGCCUGGCUAUGACUACGUGGGAUGGCGGAACGAGAGUGCUACCAAUGGCUUCAUUGAGAUCAUGUUUGAAUUUGACCGAAUCAGGAAUUUUACUACCAUGAAGGUCCACUGCAACAACAUGUUCGCUAAAGGUGUGAAGAUCUUUAAGGAGGUCCAGUGCUACUUCCGCUCUGAAGCCAGCGAGUGGGAACCCACUGCUGUCUACUUUCCCUUGGUCCUGGAUGAUGUGAACCCCAGUGCCCGGUUUGUCACGGUGCCCCUCCACCACCGAAUGGCUAGUGCCAUUAAAUGUCAAUACCAUUUUGCCGACACAUGGAUGAUGUUCAGCGAGAUCACUUUCCAAUCAGACGCUGCAAUGUAUAAUAACUCUGGAGUCCUGCCCACCUCUCCUAUGGCACCCACAACCUAUGAUCCCAUGCUUAAAGUUGAUGACAGCAACACUCGCAUCCUGAUUGGUUGCUUGGUGGCCAUCAUCUUCAUCCUACUGGCUAUCAUCGUCAUCAUCCUGUGGAGGCAGUUCUGGCAGAAGAUGCUAGAAAAGGCUUCACAGAGGAUGCUGGAUGAUGAAAUGACAGUCAGCCUUUCCCUGCCCAGCGAGUCCAGCAUGUUCAAUAACAACCGCUCUUCAUCACCAAGCGAACAGGAGUCCAACUCUACUUAUGAUCGAAUUUUCCCCCUUCGCCCUGACUACCAGGAGCCAUCCAGACUGAUCCGAAAGCUCCCAGAGUUUGCUCCAGGGGAGGAAGAGUCAGGCUGCAGUGGUGUCGUGAAGCCAGCCCAGCCCAAUGGACCUGAGGGUGUGCCCCACUAUGCAGAAGCCGACAUAGUGAAUCUCCAGGGAGUGACAGGUGGCAACACCUACUCUGUACCUGCUGUCACCAUGGAUCUGCUCUCAGGAAAAGAUGUGGCUGUGGAAGAGUUCCCCAGGAAACUGUUGGCCUUCAAGGAGAAGCUGGGAGAAGGCCAGUUUGGGGAGGUUCAUCUCUGUGAAGUGGAGGGAAUGGAAAAAUUCAAAGACAAAGAUUUUGCACUAGAUGUCAGUGUCAACCAGCCUGUUUUGGUGGCCGUGAAAAUGCUUCGAGCAGAUGCCAACAAGAAUGCCAGGAAUGAUUUUCUUAAGGAGAUAAAGAUCAUGUCUCGGCUCAAGGACCCAAACAUCAUCCGUCUCUUAGCUGUGUGCAUCACUGAGGACCCGCUCUGCAUGAUCACGGAAUACAUGGAAAAUGGAGAUCUCAAUCAGUUUCUUUCUCGCCACGAGCCUCUGAGUUCUUGUUCUAGCAAUGCCACAGUCAGUUACACCAACCUGAAGUUUAUGGCUACCCAGAUUGCCUCUGGUAUGAAGUACCUGUCAUCUCUCAACUUUGUCCACCGGGACCUGGCCACACGAAACUGCUUAGUGGGCAAGAAUUACACCAUCAAGAUAGCUGAUUUUGGAAUGAGCAGAAACCUGUACAGUGGUGACUACUACCGGAUCCAGGGCCGUGCAGUGCUUCCUAUCCGCUGGAUGUCCUGGGAAAGCAUCUUGCUGGGCAAAUUCACCACGGCAAGCGAUGUGUGGGCCUUUGGGGUGACUCUUUGGGAGACUUUCACCUUUUGUCAGGAGCAGCCCUACUCCCAGCUGUCAGAUGAGCAGGUUAUCGAGAACACUGGAGAGUUCUUCCGAGACCAAGGGAGGCAGAUCUAUCUCCCUCAACCAGCCAUUUGCCCCGACUCCGUGUAUAAGCUGAUGCUGAGUUGCUGGAGAAGAGAAACCAAGCACCGACCAUCUUUUCAAGAAAUACACCUUCUGCUUCUUCAACAAGGAGCUGAGUGAUGCCAUGAUGACUGGCAAUGUUCCUGUGGCCCAGAUCCUUCCCACAAGACCUACCGCUCACCCACAUCUAAGCCACUCCAGCCGGACAUUCAGUGGACCUGAGAGAUAGAGAAUUAGUCACUCUGCCCUCUCUGUCCCUCACCUCCUCCACUACACUUCCCUGAUCCCUACCAUUGACUCAUAUAUACUUUUUUACAUGAAAUAACUAAAAGAAGAAAAAAAUAUAGAGCAGAUAUUAGUAAAAGAAAUGUUACUUGAUAUACCAAAGGGUUAGAUAAUGAAGACUAGAAACUCAGAUAAUUUAUAAAGGUUAUGCUUAUGUUUAUAAGUGUGCAGAUCCUACAAUAUUUCUCCAUGUCACUUUCUGUAAAAUACCUUUAGAAAGAAAAACUUGAAGAAUAUGAAUGUCUUGGGGAACAGGAGAUUGGGCUUAAGAAAAAUACUCAGUAGUCAUAAAGAAUGGCAGGACUUGGUAUUCCACAACUAAUGGAUGAUGACUGGGACAUUUCUCUCAGAUCUCUCUGUCUCCGUCUGUCUGUCUGUCUGUCUGUCUAUCUUCUAUCUAUCUAUCUAUCUAUCUAUCUAUCUAUCUAUCUAUCUCAUCAAAGUGAGUAGCAUGUACUUACAAAGCUCUACCUUGUUUCUUGGAAUGAAUGGUUCCUUCAAUCAUAGCCAGAGAUCAGAGCCUACCUAUGAAACAGGGCAUAUGGGUAGAAAGAACUGUCUGUUGUAAGGCUGGAAAUAGGACACAGAAAGGGAAAGACUGCACAAGAUUCUCAGUAGACAGUGGUCAUAGGCAAGGAGGUCCUCAGAGGAUGGCUAGCCUUUGUUGUUCAUGUGUGAGGGUCUUCACCUGUGUGUUUUAGCGACAACUUGACUUUAAUCAGUAAAGUCUAGCAUUUUAAUAUUUGAAUUGUUGCUCCUUCAGUUCCUCUUGCCCAGUUCUAUUUCUUUCAAUAUGUGAAGCCUCUGUGGGACUUGUAGUCUAGGGUUUCAACUUCUCAGGCAUAAGUAUGCAAUGUCAUGUCCAGCAUACAAGAGAUAUGUUUGGAGUGUUCUCAAAAGGUUGACCAGGACCCCUGAAGGAAGUAAUAGGAAGACUGAUUUCUACUCUUUACUUGGGAAAAUAUGGAAAUGGAACAUGUGCAGGUGAAUGAGCUUCCCCAGAGAUGACAGGGAGUGUCUUGUCUCUGAAAACUUUCAGAUACUAGCUGAAGAACUAUGCAAGGAAGAGGUUCUUGACGCUUGACUACUGGAGAUUAUAUUUAUAAUAUGGGAUAAGAAGAGGAUGGCCAUUCGGUGUUACUGAAAGUGCUUUUGCCAAAGAGAGGUUGUCCAGCAGCAAAGCAUGAAGUUCUGGCUUCAGGAUUCAUGAGAACUGAUGCACAAUCAAGCAGGAGCCGCCUUAGAGCAGAUGCUAAGCUUUCAUCCUCCACAGCCUCUAAGAUUCAGAGAAAUCUAGAAUAGAAAACCCUUAAAUCCUAAAGAGGAAAACCAAGAAAAGAUUACCGAAAAAGCUUCCCAAGCGGAGGUAAAAUAGUGGUGGCCUGCUUCUGUCUAUCCAGUCAGCUUGCUCCAUCGUCUCUUAGAAACCUGAGCACUUCUUGGUUCAGCCUUAAGCAGGGCUACAGGACACAGCAUAUAGGUAUAACUCUAAGUCUAAACAUUAAUUAUUUAGAUUCCAUUCACUCAUAGCAAAUUUAGCUCUCCCAUGGCUUUUCUACCAUUCUCAGCAAGAAUAACUUUGAUUGGAAAGGUAGGAGAGAGCAUUGGGUUGAGCUUGUUCUGCCUCAAGCCAAGCAUGCCAUCUUCCCAAGUCUUGCUGUCUCUCUGAAUUUGUUUUUUUUUUUUUAAUCUGUCUCACAAGAGAAUUGAAUUAGAUGAUCUAGUAAUCUCUUGGAGUUCUACUAUAUUUUGUGCUUGUUGGAGAACUAGAUUUGUGGUUGAUAUAGGUUUAGUUACUGCUCAGAAAAUUGUGGCCAGUAUUAGUGAUCUCGAGAGACAUCAUUUAAGUAACACGGGCACCUGUGUUAUAUCUGCUUUUAGAGUUACCAGCUACUUCUUUAUGUUAUCUCAUUUGAUAGUUCUAGGGCUAGACAUGUUUCUUUCACAACUCUUGACUAUAUACUCUUCAGGAUUCUGCCUUUAGUUCACUGUAUUCAUUUAACAUGAAAUUUCCAGGACUUUGCUUUAUAAAACUAAUCUGUUCCAGAUGACUAUCAAAUAUAUAUCAUCAUGUACAGGCACUUUUGGGGGGGGGUUAUGAAGAAGGUUCCACCUUCUGGCACUGAAACCUUUGUAUUAUUGACACAGGUUUAGUUUCUAUUUACACUAGUAGAGUUUAGCAAUGCAGGUUUGAGUGACCGACCAUGGUAGAUGAUAAGAGCUUACUCUAAAGACUUACUCUGUAGACAGGUAGCUCAAAUCUAAGUUAGAGAAAUGAAGGUAGGCUUUGGAAGUGAAAACAGAAACAGACAAGAAACUGUGGGCUAUUGUUAUUUCCCCAAGUUAUUCGUGAUUAUGAUAUAUGUGAACCAUCUACGUCAAGAUGUCCUUUAGACUGUCAUAUUUCAAUUCAUAGCUCUAUUGACAAAUGCAUAUGUCAUUAGCCAGGUCCAUUUAUUUUUUAGUGUUGGGAAUCAUACCCAGAGCUUACAUUUGCUAGACAUGGGUUCUGUCAUUGAUCUAUAGCCUAGUAUCUAUGUUCAAAUCUUGAUCAGUUGACCAGAUAAACAUGUAACUAUGUCACAUAUGUGACCUGGAGUAGAAAUGAGUACCCUGAGGAGAGCAGACAUUGCUGAAGCUGUGGAAAGAUCGUCUGUGAAUGCUCAAAACUAUAUAACAAAAGAGGGCAGUAUGCAAGUGUGCAAGUAGUGGUUUUUAAAAGUAGUUACACGAAUGUGUGUGUGUGUAUGGAUGGAGAGACAAGGAAGACAAUGAAAAAAAAAGGAACCAUACAGAGAGGCAAGGAGAGGUUAUGGGGAAGGCACAGGGUAAGGCAAGUCAGACGUGGUCGAAACAGGGCUGGCUGGAGGCCAUGAAGUCAACGCUGAUACAUGAAAAGAGAUCUGAGAGAGGUUAGACUUGGAAAGAAUGGAGGGUAAGUAAAUGCUGGGUGAGGGAGCCUGUGUUUAUUAAACAGAUGGCAGGUACACCAUAGGCAAUGCAAGGGAGUUUUGCAGAGUUGUGGAAGGACAUGGGUCUUCAUGGAUAUAGAAACAUGUAGCCACCAGAGCCAUCAGGGAGUGACCUCUUCAUCUCAGGGGAAGUGUGUCCAAAAGAUAGUUUGCUCUCCUGUGAGUUCUAGACCACGUCUAGUGCCGGUAACAAUGCUGUCUGUGCACCGGAUUUGGUGUUCCAUGUACUGUUUGGGCAUGAAGAUCUAGGAGCAUUCGGUAGUUACCGAAUCCACUUUCAGUAAUAUUCAGUAUUGCUUGGUCUAAAGUGGCCACAGCAAACAUGGAAACAAUAGGUGUAAGUUAGACAAGACUAAGUUUUGCCCGAUCUUUGACAAAAGGGUGUGUCAUAUAUGUUUGUCUAUUUCCCACCUAGGCAUCUCACAAGAACAGUGUGAUGUGGGCUUAGGCCAUGUGUUUUAAGUAAAGAGGAGGUGGGGGGGGGGAGCAUGUCAGGAUGAAGGGAAUGUGGGAAGAUGUUCUGAAGACAUGCACUAGGAAACAGAACAGUGUCUGGUUUCAUCCAGCACAAAAUGAAAAGAGUUGCAAUAAAUUGCUUAUUGCAACUUUGAUCCUAAGUUGAGUUCAUGAGCCUGGCAUUUGCAUCAUAGACUUUUCUUUGUUUUGAAUCCCAUGCCCUUGGGCACUGUGUGGGGUAAGCCCCCAAUGUUUUGGCAAGAUGCAGAUUCUGGUCUACUCUGGGAAAACUUUUUGACGUUUCAUAUUCUAGAAACAGAAUGUCAUUGGUGCUUGGUGAAUUAAUUGGAAUCGUGAGUUAAGGAAGGACACUGGGUAGUUACUCAGGACUUGAGCAGGCUGGCAGAAAAAAAGGGGGGGCACUUAGCUGUCCCAAGUUUUUCAGAAAUUUUUCAUUUUGUGGUUAUCUGAGACUUGAAAUAAGUUUCAAAAGAAUCAGUACAGAAUAGCCUUCCCUGGAUCUAGUUUUCCCCCACUGAAAAUAUUUCAGUCUAUUUUCACCCACUGAAACCAUGGUCUACUGUGAGCCAUUUUUGAAACUAAAUUCUAGGCCUGACUUGGCUUUCGCCAGUUUUCCUACCUUGCACCCAUUUGCUCACUGGAUAAUAUUAGCCUUUGCUGGUUUGCAAUCUGGCUUUGGCGGCAUACAGGAUAAAAGAUUCUAUCUAGAUAUUAGUGUACAAAUGAGAGAAAACAUCAAAUCGACAAGCUCCUUUACCAGUGAACAAUACUCUACCUAUUUGCUGAAUCCACUUUCAAUUAAAGCUCAUUGUUGCUGGACCCAGAAUAGCCUCAGCAUUACACAGGAGUCACGUGUAAUGAUUAGCUCCUUUGUUUGGCACCCCAAACAAUCCAAGAACAACUUAAGAAGAGUAACAACAAAGAAAGCUUUUAAGUGGAAGGGAAUUCUAAACAGAAAAUAGGACUUUUGUUGGUGACAAGAGGGGUCUAGGAUAAAGCAGUCCUUCGGUCAAGAACUAAGUGGUGCCGAGUGGAAGCAGGGAUAGAAUAUAAACCCCUAAUGUGAGGAUAAACUCUAUCUUCCGAGUACCAGAGAAGCUUCGUUUGCUUAACUGCUCAUCCUUAAUUGUAAUAUCAGCUGCUAAACUAAAUGCAAACACAACAGCUUCCUGGGGGAAAAGUUGAAUCUCUAGUUUCCUGGAUCAUGACUUUGGGUUUUCUGUUAGACAUUUUUAAGCUGCCUUGCUUAAGGGCUACAGAAUAAUAACUGUCUGUGGCUUAUGAAAUUCCUAGCACACAAGUGAAUAUUUUGUGAAUUUGUUUGUUUUUAAUGAAUAAAGUAUGGAAAAAUUAUGUAUCACAUGUGUUAAUUUGGGGAGAAGUGCUUUAUAACAUAGAGGGGUUAUUCUCAAUCAGAAACAACAAGGAAAAAGGUGUCUUGCAGGCAGUGUAUACCCUUGUGCCCUUUGUAGUGGUGAAAACAAUUUAGGCAGCCAUGCAAGGUAGUUCUCACAUGGCACUAGACCAAAGGCAGAGAGAGAGAGAGAGAGAGAGAGAGAGAGAGAGAGAGAGAGAGAGAGAGAGAGAGAGAGAGAGAGGAGUGAGAGACAGACAGAGAUAGAAGAGCAAAGACUGGCUUUAAACUCAGUUCCUCUGAAAAAAGCUAUUUAGUUUCUCCUACAGACACCUUGCCAGUAACCUUACAGUUCUCAUAGGAGAGCAGAUCUAAGUCCCUGAGCCUGACCUGUAGUCACUGCUGUACAUCAAGAAAACAUUUGUCAAGGGAAAGCACAGGUCGUUACUUUCAGUGCAAAAUGGUUCUUUGCUUUUAUGGUUUCACUUCUUCUUGCCCCAUGUCCUGUUCCUGAGAACCAACUUCCUGCAGCAACAUAAUGGACUCUUCUAUGAGGAGACAACAUCUGGGCAUUAUUCAAUAGCCCGUGGUGGGUAAUGUGUUUUGUCAAGGGCUAAACAGCAAAUAGAUUUAAUUUCUGCUUAUAAACGAUCAUAGUCAUUCUCAAAUGGAUGCAUUAAGUAGCUUCUGUAUUAGAAAAGGGAAUGGAACGUGGUGCCAAUUGUAUAUUUUCUUUUCAUUAUUUAUUCCCUGUAAGUCUGUCAGAUGAUAAAUUGUAAAUAACAGUGAUUAAAGAGUCAUGCUACUGA